CAAAAUGAAGACUUGUCGUGUUAUUUUUUGAUUGAAUAAUAUCUAAUAACUUUGAGUACUGUAUUCAGAUUUCUUUUUAGAUUUCUUAUUAUAUUCUUAAAUUUUAUAGUAAUAUACAUUCAAAUAAAUACUAAAUACUCUUUUGAAUACUAAAAUCUUGAAGAAAGUAGAUUUACUAAGUUGCUGCAGUCAAAGCCCCAGCACACUGUAAAAAUAUGUCAGGACGCUUGAGGACGAGAGUUGACAAGGCGUCGGGUGACAGAAUAGCUUACAGUGAGGGUGCAAUCAGGAAUAAUUCUGCCAUCAUCGAAUAUUGCAGGACUUCUAUGGCUGCUCUUUCUGGGGCUACUUCAGGCAUACUGGGACUGACGAGUUUACAUGGCUUCAUAUUCUUUCUACUGGCGGGCUUCGUGUUGUGGCUGCUGCUGCUGAUCAAGGCAGGGAGUCAGUGGCAGCAGUUCUUCGUCAGCAGAAAGAACCUUCUCACGUCCGGCUUAACUUCAGGACUCUUCACCUACGUGCUUUUCUGGACCUUCUUGUACGGCAUGGUACACGUCUACUGAAGUGCAUUAGCCCUGAGACUGUUUCAUCUUAUUGUCUUCAUGUUUAAUAUUGUUCAGAUUUGUUUACGUAUUAACUGCCUAAGUUGAUAAUAUAAGUCGAGUUAUUACUAUUAUUAAUAGAUAUUAUGGUUAUUCAUUCAGUCCUCAUUCCUCACUACCUGCCAGUCCAAUUCAUAAGUCGAUGGCUGAGAUCAAUUCAGUUCGCCAUUUUGUUUAAAUUUUCCAAAAUUCAAGUUUGUUCUAAGUUAUGCAAUUCGUUCCUUAACAUUCAUCUUUGUACAAGACAUUAUACAAUCGUUUUUA